GUGUCGCCAUCAUGUUCUGCCUCAUGGCCAACCAGGCUAGGAAGCAUCCCAGCUUGAUUCCUCUCUUCAUCUUCAUUGGCACUGGAGGGACUGGGGCUGCCCUCUACAUCAUGCGCCUCGCUCUCCAAAACCCCGACGUCUGCUGGGACAGAAAGAAUAACCCUGAGCCUUGGAACAAGCUGGGCCCCAAUGACCAGUACAAGGUACGGUGCAGAAGUAUCCCAACUCUGGUUCCGAUUGUCCUGGAAAUGAGCUCUUAAAAUGGUAGAA